AUGACUUCCUUAGCUUUUGUUCUCUACUCUCUGCUCAUUGCUGUCUUUCUAUACUGCUUGCUUAACCUACGCACCCUCCUCUUUAACCGUCACCCGAGACCACUUCCACCGGGACCGACACCAUGGCCGGUGAUCGGAAACCUGCCCCACCUAGGCACCAUGCCUCACCACUCGAUCGCCACCAUGGCUCGAACGUACGGGCCGCUCAUGCACCUCCGGCUGGGGCUGGUGGACGUGGUGGUGGCGGCGUCGGCAUCGGUGGCAGCGCAGUUUUUGAAGACACAUGAUGCGAAUUUUUCUAGCCGGCCACCCAACUCCGGUGCCAAACAUAUUGCCUAUAAUUAUCAGGACCUUGUUUUUGCACCGUACGGUCCGCGGUGGCGCAUGCUUCGGAAAAUCUGCUCCGUCCAUCUCUUCUCCACCAAGGCCUUGGAUGAUUUUCGACACGUCCGACAGGAGGAGAUAGCGAUAUUGACGCGCGCGUUGGAGAGUGCGGGACAAGCGGCAGCAGUGAACCUAGGGCAACUACUGAACGUGUGCACGACAAACGCGCUAGGGCGGGUGAUGUUGGGUCACAGGGUGUUCGGUGACGGUAGCGGUAGCGGCGAUCCAAAGGCCGAUGAAUUCAAGGAGAUGGUAGUGGAGCUGAUGGUCCUCGCCGGAGUAUUUAACAUCGGCGAUUUUGUCCCGGCUCUUGAGUGGCUGGAUCUCCAAGGUGUUGCUUCCAAAAUGAAAAAACUUCACGCUAGGUUUGACUCAUUUCUUAAUAAGAUCCUUGAAGAGCACAAGGUUAAUUAUUCUAGUAGUGGAGCCCAAAAACAUACAGACUUGUUGAGUACAUUGAUUUCUCUCAAGGAUGAUGCUGAUGGUGAGGGAGGGAAGCUCACUGACAUCGAAAUCAAAGCCUUGCUUUUGGACUUGUUCACAGCAGGAACUGACACAUCAUCUAGCACAGUUGAGUGGGCCAUAGCAGAACUCAUUCGCCACCCCAAAAUUCUAGCCCAAGCUAAACAGGAGCUGGACUCGAUAGUCGGCCCAGAUCGACGAGUAACUGAAUCAGACCUAGCCCAGUUAACCUUUCUCCAAGCCAUCAUCAAGGAAACCUUUCGACUUCACCCAUCAACCCCACUCUCUCUCCCUCGAAUGGCAUCUGAUAGUUGUGAAAUCAAUGGCUACUUCAUUCCAAAGGGCUCAACUCUUCUUGUCAAUGUAUGGGCCAUAGCCCGUGAUCCAGAUGCGUGGGCUGAGCCAUUAGAGUUUCGACCAGAACGAUUCCUACCUGGUGGCGAAAAGCCCAAUGCUGAUGUUAGGGGAAAUGAUUUUGAGGUCAUACCAUUUGGUGCAGGCCGUCGGAUAUGUGCCGGGAUGAGCUUAGGGUUGCGUAUGGUCCAGUUAUUAACUGCGACCUUGGUCCAUGCCUUCGACUGGGACUUGGCCGAUGGACAAUCGGCCGAGAAGCUCAACAUGGAUGAAGCCUAUGGGCUAACCUUGCAACGGGCCGCACCACUUAUGGUGCACCCACGGCCUCGGCUUGCACCCCAUGUGUAUCGGGCCUAAAAAUGUUAUCAAGUUAAUAAUGGUUCAUGGCCCAUGGGCUUUUAAGUUGUUUGUUCCACUAUGUUUGCUUAUCAAUUCAAUCUAGUUUGCGGUUCUUGCUUUAUGUGUGUAGUUCUUGCUUUAUAUGAACUCUAGACAUAAUAGAGUUUAAGAAAAUCAAAAUAAAGAGCGAUCCUGAAUUCUUUAU